AUGAUUUUUAUUCCACCGCCUCAAAUCCACAGCUUUAAUAUUCUUCUUCAAUCUUCUUUGCCCCAGAAAAGCAUCAAUCUACCUUUUCUCUUCUCAACAUUCUUUGUAUUUCUCUCGCCGGGUUUGAACCAGAUUCCCACCUCCUCUAUUUCUUUGCCAGAAGAUGCUAAUCUACCUAGCGCAUGCUCAAAUCCAAACACUUCAAUCGACUAUCAUCUAAAAAAAGAAGCAAAAAAGAAAGAAAAAAAGAAAGAACACAAGACUACUAAAGCAUCCCUGUCCAUACAUGCAACCUUCGGUGGCCUCGAGACAACGAUUCCUCCUCAAGAUCAAUUAAGAGUCAUCGACACCACUAACUGUUGCUCGCGUCGCCCUAGAACAACUCUCCCUUUUUCCCUUCAUACAUCACCAUUGCAGCAGGAAGCAGCUUCGCUACUUCUUCCCUUCAUUCCUUCGUGGAGAUUUCAUUGGCUAUUAACAAGUCGAUGUAAUCUGCGUUGGAAAUCGCGACGUGAAUCGUGGGUAUACGAAGUAGGGCAAGAAAUGCUAAAGCAGUUACUAAUCUUCAUCAUAGGUUGCUUGAUAUUGAGAACAAGGAAGAGUUUCAGGUCAAGGGUUUUAGAAUUCAAGAUAUAUGAUCCGGAGUAG